CUCGCUGGUCCGCGAUGAUGAUGGUCCCGCACCGCUCCGUGCCCGCGCUGCUCUGCGCGCUGGCCCUGGCCCUGUGCGCGCUGCCCCCGGCCACCCGCGCUGCCAGCUCUGAGCGCGGUGCCACCAGCUCUGCGCGAGGGGCCGCCCCGGCGCGCGGGGCCUCCCAGGGGCGGCCCAGCAGUAUGGUGGUGGAGCACCCUGAGUUCCUCAAGGCGGGCAAGGAGCCCGGGCUGCAGAUCUGGCGCGUGGAGAAGUUCGACCUGGUGCCUGUACCCACCAACCUCUACGGCGAGUUCUUCACAGGGGACGCCUACGUGAUCCUGAAGACGGUGCAGCUGCGGAACGGUGCCCUGCAGUAUGACCUCCACUACUGGCUGGGCAAUGAGUGCACCCAGGAUGAGAGCGGGGCAGCUGCUAUCUUCACCGUGCAGCUGGACGACUACCUGAAUGGCCGCGCCGUGCAGCACCGUGAGGUCCAGGGCUUCGAGUCCAACACCUUCCUCGGCUACUUCAAAAACAACCUCCGGUACAAGAAAGGAGGUGUGGCCUCAGGAUUCAAGCACGUGGUGCCCAACGAGGUGUCCGUGCAGAGACUCCUGCAUGUCAAAGGGAAGCGCACAAUCCGCGCCACAGAGGUGCCCGUGUCCUGGAACAGCUUCAACAAGGGCGACUGCUUCAUCCUGGACCUGGGCCAGGACAUCUACCAGUGGUGCGGCCCUGGCUGCACCCCCUUCGAGAGGAUGAAGGCCACGCAGGUGUCCAAGGCCAUCCGGGACAACGAGCGCAAUGGCCGCGCCCGCGUGCAGGUGAUCGAGGAGGGCAAAGAGCCGGAGGCGAUGCUCCAGGUGCUGGGCCCCAAGCCCACUUUGCCCGAAGGCACCAGUGAUGACAUCCAGGCGGACGCGAGCAACCGCAAGCUGGCCAAGCUCUACAAGGUCUCCAACAGUGCGGGCUCCAUGACUGUGUCCAUGGUGGCAGACGAGAACCCCUUCUCACAGGGGGCUUUGGGCACCCAGGACUGCUUCAUCCUGGACCACGGCAAGAAUGGGAAGAUCUUCGUCUGGAAAGGCAAGCAAGCUAACACGGAGGAGAGAAAGGCCGCUCUCAAGACCGCCUCCGAGUUCAUCUCCAGCAUGGGAUACCCCAGGCACACCCAGGUCUCCGUCCUCCCCGAGGGUGGCGAGACUCCCCUGUUCAAGCAAUUCUUCAAGAACUGGCGAGACCCCGACCAGACAGACGGCCCGGGCCUGGCUUACCUCUCCAGCCACAUCGCCAACGUGGAGCGCGUGCCGUUCGACGCAGCCACCCUGCACACGUCCACUGCCAUGGCCGCCCAGCACGCCAUGGUGGAUGACGGCACAGGCCAGAAGCAGAUCUGGAGAAUUGAAGGUUCCGACAAAGUGCCCGUGGACCCGUCCACAUACGGGCAGUUCUAUGGCGGCGACAGCUACAUCAUCCUCUACAAUUACCGUCACGGCACCCGCCAGGGACAGAUCAUUUACAACUGGCAGGGUGCCCAGUCCACCCAGGAUGAGGUUGCUGCAUCUGCCAUCCUGACUGCCCAGCUGGAUGAGGAACUGGGAGGAACCCCCGUCCAGAGCCGAGUGAUCCAGGGCAAGGAGCCCGCGCACCUCAUGAGCCUGUUUGGCGGGAAGCCCAUGAUCAUCUACAAGGGGGGCACGUCCCGCGAGGGCGGGCAGACGGCCCCCGCCAGCACCCGCCUCUUCCAGGUCCGGGCUAACAGCGCGGGAGCCACCCGGGCCGUGGAGAUCAUGCCCAAGGCUGGCAUGCUCAACUCCAAUGAUGCCUUUGUCCUGAAAACACCCUCGGCUGCCUACCUGUGGGUGGGGACGGGAGCCAGCGAAGUGGAGAAGAAGGGGGCCGAGGAGCUGCUCCGGGUGCUGCGGGCCCAGCCCGUACAGGUGGCAGAAGGCAGCGAACCAGACAGCUUCUGGGAGGCCCUGGGUGGGAAGACCCAGUACCGCACGUCCCCAAGGCUGAAGGACAAGAAGAUGGACGCCCACCCACCGCGCCUCUUUGCCUGCUCCAACAAGAUCGGACGCUUUGUGAUCGAAGAGGUCCCUGGCGAGCUCAUGCAGGAAGACCUGGCCACUGAUGACGUCAUGCUCCUGGACACCUGGGACGAGAUCUUCGUCUGGGUUGGCAAGGAUUCUCAGGAAGAGGAGAAGACAGAGGCUCGGGCUUCCGCUGAACGCUAUAUCGAGACAGACCCCGCCAACCGGGACAGGCGGACGCCCAUCCACGUGGUGAAGCAAGGCUCUGAGCCUCCCUCCUUCGUGGGCUGGUUCCUGGGCUGGGAUGACGACUACUGGGCCGUGGACCCUCUGGAGCGAGCCAUGGCGGAGCUGAAUGCCUGAGCGAGGACAGUGCCUCCCUGGACCCCCCGACAGUGCCUUUCCCGGCUGCUGGGCCUCCCUGAGACCAGACAGCCAGCGGGCUCACUCCGCCGCGCGUGUGCGUGUAUGUGUGGGUGUGUGUGUGGUUGGCUUUAAGGGUUUUUUUUGUUUGUUUUUAUCCUAGCCAAAAGUGGCCCUGUAGACACGCAGGGUCCUUGCAAAAUGGGUGCCAGGAUCUGUGCUUUUGGACGUUCAGUGAAAUAAAAAGCAUUUUUGAAGUGUA